GGUUCCUUCCCAAUCUCAUCAUACAAAAAUCCAACAUAAAUCAUCAUGGAACCCAAAUAUUUCUUCACAAUAUUAUUUCUUACAACAUUUCUAUCAUUCCAACUUUCAUUUUCCUCUUCCACUCCAUCUGCUCAACAAAACAAAUACUCUACAUUCAUCAAAUCCUCAUGCAACUCCACCACAUACCCCUCACAAUGUGUCAAAUACCUCCUCCCCUACGCCUCGGCCGUCAAGACAAACCCGCUUAGCCUCGUCAAAGUCGCCCUCCACACCACCCUUAGAUCCGCCAACGCCACCCUCUACACCGUCACCCAACUAUACAAAACCAAAAGCAUCACCAAAUGGGAGGCUGCAGUGCUUAAAGAUUGCAUUGAAGACAUAAAAGACACUAUGGAUGAACUCAAAAGCUCCAUCAAGGAAAUAUCUAGUAUUCCUAAGUCUAAGGACAAGCAUUUCGCCAUCUCCAACGCUCAGACGUGGACCAGUGCAGCCAUCACCGACGAGAAUUCAUGCCUUGAUGGCUUUUCGGACCGAAAAGUGAAUCAGGCUAUCAAGCAGAAGAUAAGGAAUAGCAUUGUGAAUCUAGCAAGGGUUAGUAGCAAUGCUUUGUAUCUUAUUAACCAUCUUGCAGUUUAAAAUAAAUAAAUCUUUGUUUCAAUAAAACCCUAGUGACUUUUCUUUUGUUUUGUUUUUUUUUUGUUUUUGUUUUUGUUUUUGCAUCAGUAAUAUUUCUAGUUUGGGUUUGUUCUAUGCUAGAUUGGUGUUUUGUAACAUAUGUAAUUUAAUUCUAUGAUCUACACAACUCUCAAUGCAUUGUGUUCUUAUUAUAUAUAUUGUUUAUUUAUGUCA